UUGGGAGCGGUUUUACUUCAAGAAUCGUUGUCAUUUCGUAAAUAUGCAAUCAAUUAUAAAGCUAUGACAGUCAGUCUCUCCAAGUUUUGCCUCUUCUACUGUUAUUUCAUUCAUACCUCUUACAUCCAUCAUCUACCUCAUAACGCCAACUACUGUGACUACGUGAGACGAAUCAUCGUUGGAAACGGAAAUUUUACAACCCAGUUAGUUAUAAUUUUGGAACGUUUUAUAUAAACAUCUUCUCUUCUUACAAGAAGAAAUUUGGUAAACAGUAAAGAUGGAGCAUUACGUUACCAUUGCAUCCUGUCAACUGAAUCAAUGGGCCCUUGAUUUUGAAGGGAACCGUGACAGAAUCAUUGAAUCUAUCAAACAAGCAAAGGAACAAAAGGCUCGUCUUCGUCUUGGUCCCGAAUUGGAAAUCACUGGUUAUGGCUGUGAAGAUCAUUUUCUUGAAUCCGAUACUUAUACCCAUUCAUGGGAAAUGCUCUGCUGGAUUAUAAAACAUCCUGAUUGUCAAAAUAUCUUAUUAGAUAUUGGAAUGCCUGUCAUGCACAAGUCAGUACGCCAUAAUUGUCGUAUCCUAGCUUUGGAUGGGAAAAUUAUAUUAAUUCGGCCUAAAUUAUGGCUUUGCGAUGACGGAAACUUUCGUGAAUCUCGCUGGUUUACUCCAUGGUUACGUCCUCGUGUUGUAGAAACAUACUAUUUACCCACCUUCGUUGGCGAUUCACUCAGUCAAACCCAAGUUCCUAUCGGUGACGCUAUCCUUCAAUGUAAAGAUACCGUUGUAGGUAUUGAGACUUGCGAGGAACUCUUUACUCCCAGUAGUCCUCAUGUGGAUAUGGCUUUGGACGGUGUGGAAAUAUUUUUGAACGCUUCUGGAUCCCAUCAUGAGCUUCGAAAGCUAUCUACACGUUAUGGACUUAUUCAAAAUUCUACACAAAAGUGCGGUGGUAUUUAUUUGUAUAGCAACCAAAGAGGUUGUGAUGGUGGUCGUUUAUACUACGACGGUUGCGCUAUGAUCCUUUCAAACGGAGCACUACUAGCUCAAGGUAGUCAGUUUUGUUUGAGAGAUGUAGAAGUUAUCUCAGCUACUGUUGACGUUGAUACGGUUCGUUCAAGCAGAUUUCAACCCUCACAUGGAUUACAAGGUGUUACUCGUCCUUCCUAUGAGCGCAUCUAUCUUGAUUUUAGUCUUAGCUCAUUCAAACAGAACUUUGAUAUGCAUAACAAGCCUACUGAUGGACAACCUAUUCGCUUAGUGUCACCCCAGGAAGAGAUUGCAUAUGGCCCAGCAUGUUGGCUUUGGGAUUAUUUGAGAAGAUCUCGCUCAGGUGGAUUCUUUUUGCCCUUAAGUGGUGGUUUAGAUUCAGCUUCUAGUGCUGUGAUUGUCCAUAGCAUGUGCAGAAUCGUAACUAGUGCUAUCAAAGAUAACGAUCAAACAGUUUUAGCCGAUGUUCGUCGUAUAGUUGGUGAUCCUAAUUAUUCCUCAACUUGCCCCAAGGAGCUUGCUAGUCAUAUAUUUUACACAAGCUUCAUGGGUUCUGAAAAUUCCUCUAAAGAAACAAGAGGUCGUGCUAAGGAACUUGCUUCUCGUAUAGGGUCUUAUCAUGUGGAUAUGAGUAUUGAUACAAUGACUCGUGCGAUUGUAAGCUUAUUCGCCAUGGUAACAGGAAAAACUCCUCAAUUCCGUUCCCGGGGUGGCUCUCAGGCUGAGAAUUUGGCUUUACAAAAUAUUCAAGCAAGAUCAAGGAUGCUUUUAGCCUAUUUGUUUGCCCAGUUACUACCUUGGGUUCGUGGUUAUUCAGGAUCUUUGCUUGUGUUAGGUAGUUCUAACGUUGACGAGAGUUUGCGCGGAUAUAUGACCAAGUACGAUUGUUCAAGUGCUGAUGUCAACCCCAUCGGCGGAGUAUCAAAAACCGAUUUGAAAUCAUUCUUGGAAUAUACAAAGGAUGCAUUCGAUAUGCCAAUCCUCCAAGAUUUCUUGGAUGCUACUCCAACUGCUGAAUUAGAGCCCACUACUGAAAAUUAUGUUCAAAGUGAUGAAGUUGAUAUGGGAAUGACUUACCCAGAACUUAGCAUGUUUGGAAGACUCAGAAAGAUUGCAAAGUGUGGUCCCUUCAGCAUGUUUAACGAAUUGAUUCAUAAAUGGGGUGAUCACCUUUCUCCCACUGAGAUUGCUUCUAAAGUGAAACGCUUCUUUUAUUACUAUGGAAUUAACCGUCAUAAAGUGACAACCCUCACGCCUAGCUACCAUGCUGAAACUUACGGGGUUGAUGAUAAUCGUUAUGAUCUAAGACAGUUCUUAUAUCCUUCUUGGACAUGGCAAAACAAAAGGAUUGAUGAAGUUGCUGCUAAAUAUGAAGAACAUGAGAGAAGGAAUAAAGAUCAGUAAAUGAAUCAAUCUAUGUCGUGAUUAAAUUUUGACUUUAUUAUAAAUAAAUCCAUUACCUUUUUUAUUUUCUAUUAAGAAUGUUAAUAUCUAGCGGCAUUUUUGAACUUGCAGCUCAG